AUGGAAAUGUACUCAAAGACUCCCAAGGAGAAGACGGCCAUCUUCCAAGGAGAUGAAGCCAACAAGAAAGGAGGUGGAGCUACAGAGAAAGAAGAAGAAACUUCUGAGGAAGGCUGUGCUUCUCUGGUCUCAGCUCUGAGGUCAAACCCCUCACACCUGAGAGAGCUGGAUCUGAGUAACAAUGACCUGAAGGAUUCAGGAGUGAAGCUGCUCUCUGCUGGACUGGGGAAUCCCCACUGUAAACUGGAGACUCUGAGGCUGUCAGGCUGUCUAGUCACAGAGGAAGGCUGUGCUUCUCUGGUCUCAGCUCUGAAGUCAAACCCCUCACACGUGAGAGAGCUGGACCUGAGCUACAAUCACCCAGGAGACUCAGGAGUCAGACUGCUCUCUGCUGGACUGGAGGAUCCACACUGCAGACUGGAGAAACUCAAUGUGGAACAUGGUGGAGAGAACACAAUGAAACCUGGACUUAGAAAAUAUGUCUGUGAUCUCACACUGGACCUAAACACAGUAAACAGAUUCCUCUCUCUGUCUGAGGAGAACAGAAAGGUGACAUGGAGGAGAGAGAAGCAGCCGUAUCCUGAUCACCCAGAGAGAUUUGAGGUCUGGAGACAGGUGCUGUGUAGAGAGGGUCUGACUGGGCGCUGUUACUGGGAGGUAGAGUGGAGUGGGAGAGGGGCUGUUAUAGGAGUGACAUAUAAAGGAAUCAGCAGGAGAGGAAGGGGUUUUGACUGUGGGAUUGGAUGUAAUGACAAGUCCUGGAGUCUGUUCUGCUCUGACAACAGUUACAGAGCCUGUCACAAUAAGAAGUCCACUACCAUAGACGUCCCCUCCUCCAGCUCCCACAGAGUAGGAGUGUAUCUGGACUGGCCAGCCGGCACUCUGUCCUUCUACAGAGUCUCCUCUGACACACUGACCCACCUGAACACAUUCCACUCCACAUUCACUGAG